AUGGCUUCCACGGCGAAAUCGGGGCUCGAUGAUUCCCGUCGCAAUCUAGGAUCGCCAAAACUCAGGGGACGAGAGAACGCAAAAGAUACGUUGUGCCGAAACGUCACUAUAUAUGGAAAAUGUCGAUAUGAAGAUAAGGGCUGCGCGUUUAAUCACGAUCCUCUGAAAUUGCAGAAUUCAAACCAAAUUGACAGGAAGGGAUUGAAUGUCGACUCCCCCAGUUUCACGCCAACGUUAUUAGCAGCGAAUGGGUCGACACCGAAGAAGCCCAACACCAUAUCCCCCAAAGCUGCAAGCGCCGCUCCAUUUCUCCCGAAAGGUCCAGGCUCCGGUGCACAAUCAGCACGCUCAGAUGCAGGAAGCUCAGAAUGGUCUGUGGCCGAAAUCCAGGACUUUGUGCCUCAAGGAUUUGAUGGUGGGCAAGUGGUCCCACUUCAAGGUAACGGAAACGGCGUUCUAAGUCCAGCACCUCCUUAUGAUCCUUUCGUGACGCCACAAAGCUCCAUAGCAGGCGGCUCUGCAGUCGCACCUCACCCCGUUCCAAACCCGUAUUCGCAUGAUGCAGCAGUCGCUGCUUCAAUGGGCGGUGCUUUCUUUGCGGGGCAAACUGGAUUCCAACAGCCAGUCCAAUAUCAUUUAUAUGCACCGAUUGGACCCCACAGUACAAAUAUUUCAGGAUAUCAACGAAAUGUUCACGAUCUCUUCUUACCCAAUGAUUUCAGAGAAGAAUUGCAGAAGAAAGGUGCUGCCACUCUGCAAACAUUACCAAAUUCUUCCUUACCAGCGCAUGUGGACCAUUUCCACUCCCUGGUCCCUCUGGACCUAACUCAUCAGAAGAAUGCGGCGAUGUUUGGAUUUCCAAGCUGGGUGUACAAAGCUCAAUCGAAUAAAGACGGCAACUUCUAUGUUUUGCGUAGGCUUGAGGGAUAUCGUUUGACGAAUGAGAAAGCCAUAAGGUCCGUCCAAGCGUGGAAAAGAAUCACGAACGGCAGUGUUGUUACGGUCCACGAUGCGUUUACUACUCGUGUCUUUCAGGAUAGCUCGCUGAUUUUCGUCAUGGACUAUCAUCCACUGUCCAAAACAUUGGCGGAACAGCAUUUGGGAGCAGGCAAUCGUUUUACAGCACGCAGCAACGCGCACAUACCAGAACAAGUCAUGUGGAGCUAUGUCACACAGAUUGCAUCAGCCUUAAAAGCAAUCCAUAGCAGUGGCCUUGCAGCAAGGAUAAUCGAUGCCAGCAAAAUUCUACUUACAGGCAAGAAUCGAAUCCGCUUAAAUGCAUGUGCGAUUAUGGAUGUCGUACAGCACGACACACAGCGAUCUGUACAAGAUCUCCAGCUUCAAGAUCUGGUUAAUUUCGGCCAACUUAUGCUAAACCUAGGUGUCAGUGCUGCGGGUGCCUUGGGCAGUCCAAGCAAGGCUAUGGAGCAUUUCACUCGUGUUUACAGUCCUCAAUUAAAGAACUCGGUGUUUUGGCUGUUGAAUGGUCUGCAGAAAGACCAGGAACGCAGUAUUGAUAUAUUCAUCAGCGGCAUCUCGGCGCAGUUGAUCUCUACGUUUGAUUCGGCACUACAAAUGGAUGACCAGCUCACUUCAGAUUUGAGCCGCGAGCUCGAAAAUGCGCGAUUGGUGCGACUUAUCACGAAGUUGAACUUUAUCAAUGAGAGACCGGAAUAUGAACAUGACCGUCAGUGGUCAGAGAAUGGGGAGCGAUACUUUCUCAAGCUGUUCCGAGAUUAUGUCUUCCAUCAAGUGGACGCUCAGAACAAUGCAGUCGUGGACCUCGGACAUGUAUUGAACUGUCUGAACAAACUCGAUGCAGGUAGCGAAGAAAAGGUAACUUUGAUCAGUCGAGACGAGCAAAGCUGUUUUGUUGUUAGCUAUAAGGAGCUCAAGAAAGCUCUUGAGUCUUCAUUUCAAGCGUUGUUGAAGCCUGUUAGACGACUGCACUGA